AUGGCCUCUGUCAAAGUUCCACCAUCCGGCAUCUGGGCUCCAGCUGUGACUUUCUUCGAAGACGAUGAAUUGGACUUGACUUCCCAAGCAAAGUACUACACGUACCUCUCAAAACACCUCACCGGACUAGUGAUUCUUGGAACCAAUGCAGAGACUUUUCUCCUCACAAGGGAAGAACGAGCAGCUUUGCUCAGAACUGCACGAGAAGCUGUUGGUCCUGAGUAUCCCAUAAUGGCGGGUGUCUCCGGCCAUAGUUCCAAACAGGUUCUUGAGUUCAUCAAGGAUGCUCAUGACGCCAAGGCCGAUUAUGCACUUGUUCUUCCUUGCAGCUAUUUUGGAAAGCAGACGACGCCCAAGGUAGUUUCGGGGUUCUACGAGGAAAUCGCAAGUAAGAGUCCUCUACCGAUUGUGAUCUACAACUUUCCUGCCGUUUGCAAUGGCGUUGAUCUGGACUCGGAAGUCAUGAUUGACCUCGCAAGGAAACACAAGAACAUCGUCGGAACCAAGUUGACAUGUGCCUCGGUCGGAAAGAUCACUCGAUUUGCAGCAACAUUCAGACCAGACGAAUUCGCCGUCUUUGGCGGUCAAUCAGACUUCUUGAUCGGCGGACUCUCCGUCGGAUCAGCAGGAUGCAUCGCUGCUUUCGCCAACAUUUUCCCCAAGACCAUCACUCGGAUCUAUGAUCUUUACAAGCAGGGCAAAACUGAUGAAGCGUUGAAGUGGCACCAGAUUGCCGCUGUUGCGGAAAGUUUCAGCAAGGCGGGGAUCGCGAAUACAAAGUAUGCCGCGAGUAUCACGAGUGCGAAGAGUGCUGGGAUCGAAGGGGCAGAGGCGAAGCUGAGCCCUAGACGACCAUAUGAGCCACCGACUGAAGCUGUGAAGAAGGACAUUCAAUCUAAGAUGGUGGAGAUGAUUGAGAUUGAGAACUCGCUGUGA